CAAUUCCUUCAUCAAGGAUUCAAAUCAGUGAACGAUCGCUUCUGCAUAGUUACUUUUGCAUUCCAUUCAUGGGUCAUCAUAGAAUGUCUUCUUGUCAUUUUAUCUGCUUCUUGCAGCAUCUCCAAAGCUUAAAUGGAUCCUGAAAAUAAACCCAGGGUUGACAAGCUUCCACAUCAGCGCCUGCGCAACGUUGCAACCGCUCUUCUUGAGCUGCAUCCCCUGCAUUCUUCCCCAUUGGCACCUUUACCGCCUUCAGCCUCUCCUAUAAGAAUUGUUUGUGUAUCUGAUACACAUAACACGCAGCCCGAUCUCCCAGAAGGCGAUAUCUUAAUCCACGCCGGUGAUCUCACUGAAUAUGGCUCCUUUGACGAGAUCCAGACACAGCUCACAUGGCUCUCGUCCCAACCCCACCGCUACAAGCUGAUGGUUGCCGGCAACCAUGAGCUUUUGCUCGAUGAAGCAUUUCUGAGGAUGCACCCUGAGCGGCUAUACGGCGAGAUCAAGCGCAUGGAAGAUCUUGAAUGGGGCAGUGUACACUAUCUCUGUGAAUCUUCUGUUACCCUAGACUUGGAAGUGCCACAAAAUGGCUCUCGUGACCCGAGUCAGCACGAAACAAGAAGAUUGACUGUCUUUGGUAGCCCCUGGACGCCCCAGCAUGGCACCGCCGCCUUCCAGUACCGGCGCGGGCGCACCGAGGACCGCUGGGCGCAUCGCAUUCCCUCCAACGCAGAUAUUGUUAUCACACACGGCCCACCGCGUUAUCACCUCGACGGGCGCAAUUCCCACCACCAAGGAUGCCCAUCCCUUGGGCGGGAGUUGAUCCGCGUCCGCCCGCGCCUCGUGGUGUUUGGGCAUAUCCACAUCUCGUACGGAAGGGAGGACGUCGUGCUUGACGGCAUACAGCGUACGUACGAGGCUAUCCUUAACGAUUGGUCGCGCUGGGAAGCGCUGGUUUGGAUGGCGAUGAGGGUUCUCGGCGCCAGGAUUGCUCGAUGCUUGCGCUGCAGAAAGGGGAUGGGGAAGGAGAAGUGCACGACGUUUGUGAACGCUUCUGCUGUGGGGGGCUCGAAGCACGAGUUGCGGAAUCGCCCGAUUGUGGUUGAUUUUUACUGAUACCGUCCUAUUGCUUAUAUGGAUCAUCACCUUGCUUGUCAUAUCGUGGAAUCAAGAACAGAGAACCCUGCCAUCCAGACAACCGUCGUUGGCAUACCUCCCGGUACACAAAGCCCAACUUCUUC